AUGGGAUCAAGUAACCACCCAUCUUUCCCUCCCGAAAUAGUCUAUCGCAUCCUGGACUACGUCUUCAGGGGCGUCCCUUCCAUCCAUACACAGCGCUGCUGUGAAUUCGGCUUGCGGCUCCGCACUGAUCCUCCUCGGAUCCUUCUCUCAUCAUUCGAUUACGACUUCCCCCCGUUCAGAACACAGGAUGUGGUCAACUGCUCCCUCGUUAACCGCAUAUUUCGUGGCUACACGCUGGCCCAAAUCCUCCAUCGUAUCGUGGUCACAAAGCCGCACCAGAUUGAAGAAUUACAAGCGCUCACAGGACCCUCGAUGGCCAAUGGGGAUGGCCUGUCCAAGUCCAUCCCAUCUCCCCGCCUCGAUAUGAUAAAGUCCUUAUCAUUCAUCGACAACGCUGUUGGCUCGCACGGAGCUGAGCUAGCCAUCGAGGUACCCACGGCCUUUAUUCGAGAGUUGGUGUCCUCCCUCGAUGAAAUCACACUUUCCGCAUCAGAAGGGCGUGCGUGGUCGGAAUGCUCACCAGUCUUCAGGACAACCAUUGAGCUGGCGGUCUCAAGCCCCCAGCUUAAAUCCCUUUCCAUCCGCGGUGUUUACUUUCCAUUUGCUUCCUUUAAUCGUGUUCUUUCCCCGAACUUAGUACACCUCGAGUUGAGCGUCGGUGCUGGAAAUGAAGGGUCGACUACGGUAGGAGACAUUCGGGAUUCGUAUCGAGCGCCAUGGAUGGUUGAGUUGGGCAUAGCCCCGCCAACCUCUGAUACAGAUCAAGACAUGGUGGACCUCACCUCUACCUCGAACGAUGACACUCAUCCUGGCACUUCAACGGAGCCCAUCCCAAUCGACUUCAAUGUACAAGUGCUCAAAACGGAUGCAGGCACUUCCGCCGUGGACGCCAUCCAAUAUCUCCUGGCACUCCCUGGUCAGCGACCUUUCAAGCCACAAUUCCCGCUGCUCGAAACACUAGACUUGGAAGGCUCGUCGCUCAGCCGGGACCCGACACAGCAAUUCCUUGCACACUUGCAAACCCUUAAGGCUCCCAAUUUAUCACACAUUCGGAUCCCAGCUAGUGCCUUCGCCCAGGAUAUUCGAACGGCGUAUACCUCGCUGUUAAUGACGCCCUUCAAGCAUGUCGAGUUUAUUCAAUAUCUCGGAGCGGCUACGCCAGAUACCAUUGCCUGGGCGCUCGAACAAAGCCAGCCAGCCGUCUUGAACGAUCUCGAAACCGUCACGAUCUCUUUCUUGAAUGCCCCUACCAUUACCACUACACAGGACGGCCACGAUGAAAAUCCCGACAACGAAGUGUUGGAAGCUCUCAAGUACGUUGAUCCUCUCGAUUUCAUAUCCGCAAUGCAAUUCGCUAUCGACUGGUGGCGGCUUUCGGAUGUUCUUCAAGCGGACAAGGCCACGAGGUUCCCCAAGUGGCACACCCUAGUGCUGGACCUUAGGAAGGUUAAAGGUCUUCAAGAGACGGAUACUUGGCUGUGGAUGUUGGAAGAGCAAAUUCAGACCUGGCUGCCCGCGAUUCCUCUAGGUGAAUUACAGCUAUCGAUUCUGCGGGACUGA